UUUCAUGGAGUCCAACAUGGAGCACUGUUAGUUGUGGACUCGGUCGAUCAAUCAAGUGGAAAACCUGGAGAUCAGAAGGUGGUUGACAUGACACUUCGUAGGCUGGCUCAAAACAGAGAAGCUGCACGGAAGAGUCGGUUGAGGAAAAAAGCGUAUGUUCAGCAGCUGGAGAAUAGUCGGCUCAAGCUUACCCAAUUAGAGCAGGAGCUUAAGCGAGCACGUCAGCAGGGUAUGUUUGUUGCAUCUGGACUUUCAGGAGAUCAGAAUUAUUCAGUUGGUGGAAAUGGCGCCUUGGCAUUUGACAUGGACUACGCUCACUGGCUUGAUGAACAUCAACGGCUUAUCAAUGAUCUGAGAUCAGCUGUAACUUCUCAAGUGGGUGACAAUGAACUGCGCCUUCUUGUUGAUGGAGUAAUGUCGCAUUAUGAUGAAUUAUUCAGGUUAAAGAACAUAGGUGCAAAGGCUGAUGUAUUUCACAUGCUCUCGGGCAUGUGGAAGACCCCUGCGGAAAGGUGCUUCAUGUGGUUGGGUGGAUUUCGUUCAUCUGAGGUUCUUAAGAUUCUUGGGAACCACCUUGAACCUUUAACGGAUCAGCAGUUGAUGGGAAUAUGUAAUCUACAGCAGUCCUCCCAACAGGCUGAGGAUGCCUUAUCACAAGGAAUGGAAGCUUUGCAGCAAUCACUCUUAGAGACACUUUCCUCUAACUCUCUCGGGCCUACUGUAUCGGGCAACAUGGCCGACUACAUGGGACAAAUGGCAAUUGCCAUGGGCAAGCUUGCCACACUCGAGAACUUCCUUCAUCAGGCCGACCUUCUGAGGCAGCAAACCUUGCAACAAAUGCAGAGAAUUUUGACACCCCGUCAAGCUGCGCGUGCCCUCCUUGUUAUCAGUGAUUAUAUGUCACGUCUCCGGGCACUCAGUUCUUUAUGGUUAGCACGCCCUAAAGAUUAACAUCAUUGCUUUCCCUAUGACAGUCUUAUUGUAGUGACAACCUCUACUAAGUAACCAUUGAAGGUUUUGUGGAGAUGAUCUGCUUAACAAUGGUAACCCUUUCUUUCCCUGCUAAUGUUUAGUCUGCUGAUGGUAGGUAAGUCCCACACCAAAUUUGACGUUGUUGCAGUGUCUGAGAGGAGCCAUGUCUACCAUUGGUUGGUUUCUGAGCAGUCGUUAAUAGUAGCUGCUUACUUCAUGUUGUAAUUUACGUAUGCUAUACACUUGGACGGAACAUAUAUUACGAUGAUCUAAUGCAAGAUUUGCC